AAAACAAUUUAAGUGCUAUUUAGAGAAAUGACUUACGUUUUAGUACUAUUUAGUGCUUCUUUUAUUUAAUGGGGCAAUUAAUAUUCUAACCAUAAAUGUAUAUUGAUAAUUGCAACGUCUUGUUUUUAAAUUAAAAAAACUUUGUUGAUUUGAUAUUAUACGGGGGUACUAAUUCUUACGGAGUGAGUAUGAAUUUCAUUAAAUUACUCUUAUCAGAUAAUUGCACUUGCAAUAAUGGUGAAAUAGCCCCUUCAAAGUUUGGGUCGGAUUUGGACACGGGUUCGGGUUGCACAAAGGACAACAUAGAAGUGGACCAAGGCCAGACGUCGCCGUUACCCAACGGCAUUCCCACCUACACCGUCGAGAUAGAGAACGUUUGCAUCGACGGCCGCCGGAGCUGCCGCAUGUCGAACAUCCACCUCCGGUGCGGGUGGUUCAGCUCGGCCAGGCUGAUCGACCCCGCCGUGUUCCGCCGCGUGGGGUACGACGACUGCCUCCUCAACGACGGCGCGCCCCUCGACGCCGGCGACUGCAUAUCGUUCGUGUACGCCAACACCUACCCCUACCCGCUCGAGGUCUCCUCCGUUUCGUGCUAACUUCUUAAGUGUAAUUAAUUAAUUAAUUAACACGCUUCAUAUUAUGAUGAUGUACUUACAACUAAUUAAUACGGAGUAUUACGAAUUCUGUAUUUUCUAUUUGGUUAUUAGUAGUGAAAUUUGCUCCAGAUGGUAGUAUGGUACCUAUUUUAAUAUAGGGACUAGUAUGUA